AUGCCUACCCUUGAAAUCAAGACCAACGUUCCUAUCGCUGAUGUGAACGCAUUUGCAUCUCAGUUUUCUCAGGAAGCUGCACGAAUCUUGGACAAACCCGAGGCAGUCUUUUCCAUUCUGGUCACCCCGGUUCCCACUAUGUUGUUUGCUGGGACACCUGAUCCUACGUUCAGCAUGGCUGUGACGUGCCUUGACACGCUUUCGCCUGAGAAGAACCUCCUUUAUAGCAAGGAGCUCUUCGCGUUCGUUGAGAAAGCUCUCGGCAUUAAAAACGACAGGGGAUACAUCACUUUCUUGGAUCCCGGCCGAUCCAACCUUGGGUUGCACAGCACCACUUUUGCGUCCAUGUUCGGCGACAACUAG